CAUUGGAGACGGCGGCGGCAGCUUCCGCGUGCCUCUCAGAGGCAGCUGCUGGAGGCGCAGCAGCAGCAGCAGCAGCGAGCUCGAGCCGGCUCAGCUGUGUGAGGGGGAGAGACUUCGGCUCAGCGCGACUCAGAUCGCGACUCGCAGAGAGUCGCGAGUCGCUGGCAGGGAGCGACUCUCACGAUGGGAAUCCCCACCCAGCACGGCGCGGCGAUCCUCCUGGGGACGUUCAUCGCUCUGGGCCUGGCAGGCUCCGUCCUGGCUCAGAGCCACAUCACGGCGGAAGAGGACUCGACCGCUCUCCUGCCGUGCCUCUUCGAGGAGCCCAUCCCCGCGGGCGAAAUGAUCACCUGGGAGAGGAUAUCGGCGAAUGAAUCGACCGAACAGAUCCUUGUGUUCGACGAGAAGGCGACUCCGUACAUCGGCAACGUGGCGUGGGUGGGAGAUCUGAGCAGGGGUGACGCCUCGGUUCUCGUGUCGCCCGUGAGGCACGUGGACGCCGGCCAGUAUUCCUGUGGGACGUUCUUCUCCAACGUUCAGACGAAGACCAUCACGCUGUCGGUCACCUCCAAAGUGACGAUGUUGAUGCCGGGCCCCAGCACCAUCGUGGCGGGGGUGGCGCUGAUGGUGAUCGUGGUCGGUGUCACUUACCUCCUGAUGAGCAGGAGGAGGAGGAGCAGGAGCAGGAGCAGCAGGGGGAGAAAGUUCCAUCAGUUGGAGCCUCCAGCCUCUCCCGAUGGCCUCCUCCUGUCACGGGAGGCCACGGAGAGCCCACGGCAGUGACGCCCAACGCCACGACACCACACCCAGGCAGAGGAGGGAUGUAGACGCCCCCCUUAGCCAGGGCACGAGGCGAGGGUAGAUCGUUGACUCGCCAAGGUGCACACAGCGACACCACCGUCCUGCACGCGAACUCAGUGACGCUGCCGCUCGCGAUUUGCAUGAAAUCGCGAGCGGGGAAUAUUUUUUUGUUUUGUUUUAAACAGCGGCAGCCAAAGAACUCUAAAUGCGCGGUGUUCAUUCUAAAUGUGGAGUGGUGCGGGCGGGUGGAACCGGAGUGCCCGGAUAAAAAUCCCUGCAGAGAGAGACGCGGAAUCCAAAUAUACAAAUAUACACAUAAUAUACAAAUAUACACAUAUACAGACAUGCAAAUAUAUACAUAUACAAA